AUGGGGGCGUCCGCGCGGCUGCUGCGCGCCGUGAUCAUGGGGGCCCCGGGCUCGGGCAAGGGCACGGUGUCGUCGCGCAUUACCAAGCACUUCGAGCUGAAGCACCUCUCCAGCGGGGACCUGCUCCGCCAGAACAUGCUGCAGGGCACAGAAAUUGGUGUGUUAGCCAAGACGUUCAUUGACCAAGGGAAACUCAUCCCAGAUGAUGUCAUGACUCGGCUGACCCUUCAUGAGCUGAAAAACCUCACCCAGUGUAGCUGGCUGUUGGACGGUUUCCCAAGGACACUGCCACAGGCAGAAGCACUGGACAGAGCUUAUCAGACAGACACAGUGAUUAACCUGAAUGUGCCCUUUGAGGUCAUUAAGAAACGCCUCACUGCACGUUGGAUUCAUCCAGCCAGUGGCCGAGUGUACAACAUUGAAUUCAACCCUCCCAAAACUGUGGGCAUUGAUGACUUGACGGGAGAGCCUUUGACUCAGCGGGAGGACGACAGACCAGAGACAGUGAUCAAGAGGCUGAAGGCUUAUGAAGCCCAAACAGAGCCGGUCUUAGAAUAUUACCAGAAGAAAGGAGUACUGGAAACAUUCUCUGGAACAGAAACCAACAAGAUCUGGCCCUAUGUAUACGCUUUCCUACAGACAAAAGUCCCAGAAACGAACCAGAAAGCUUCAGUGACCCCCUAAUGACAGCGGACAGGAUCCUUGGCCUUGCACCAAGCGGCUCCUUUCUGAGAUACGGCAUGUACGACUUCUUUACAAGUGUGAUCAGUUCUUACUGACUUUAUUCCCAUGUUACUAACGAGGUGCCAAAUGAGUCAGAUAUGGAGACUGAACUUCCAGAUCACCCAGUGUGGGUAUCCAUUGCUGUCUGUAGGAGGGCAAUGCACAAACAUAAGGGACGCUGAAAACUUAAAAAAAAAAAAAACAACAAAAAAAAAACCUCACA